AUGAGGCCACCGUGCCUUCAUAGCUUGUCUCAUUGCAUGGUUCCAAUUACAGCCACAGUCGGACCGUUGAUGAUCAUCGUGGAAUUUGCCGAACACGGCAACCUCCUACGUCAUCUUCGUGAUCGCCGAAAGCAAAAUUACGAAGACAUGAACGAAUACAGCUUAGACAUAAGUUCCGCGGAGAGAGUGAGGAUAGCUUGCGACGUGGCCGACGGAAUGAAACAUCUUGCUACGAUGAAGUGCGCUCAUAGAGACUUAGCCGCGAGAAAUGUUCUUCUCGGAGAGGGAAUGGUAGCCAAAGUCUCGGAUUUUGGUCUGUCACGUGAUAUCUACACCGACAACGUCUACGAAAAGAAAACCGCGUACAAGGCAAGAGAGAGUGCAAAUAGAGAUUGUUGUUGUAGCGUGAACGAUGGUGAAAUUUUGACCACAAUACAGUUUCCUUGGCGUGAAAUACCACGUGACCGUCUUACUCUUGGCAAGAUUCUCGGAGAGGGCGAGUUUGGAAAUGUGGUCAAAGGAGAACUGACUGAAGAUGACGGUCACAUCGCACCAUGUGCUGUUAAGAAGUUGAAAGAUUGUGCCACAGAAAGUGAUCUCAGAGAUUUGAAGAAUGAGCUAGAAAUAAUGGAAUCAGUGGGUCAUCACCCCAACCUGGUCAAUCUUAUCGGUGCAUGUUCAAGUGAGGGUCAGUUGAUGAUCGUCGUAGAAUUUGCAGAACACGGCAACCUCCAUCGUUACCUUCGUGAUAACCGAAAGCAAAAUUACGAUGACAUGAACAAAUACAGCUUAGACAUAAGUUUCGCGGAGAGACUGAGGAUAGCGUGUGACGUUGCUGAGGGAAUGAAACAUCUUGCUACUAUGAGGUGGGUGCAUAGAGAUCUGGCUGCCAGAAAUGUUCUUCUUGGAGAGGGAAUGGUAGCUAAGCUGUCCGAUUUUGGGUUGACACGUGAUCUUUACACGACCAAUGUCUACGAGAAGACAUCCGGGGGCAAGGUUCCAGUAAAGUGGCUUGCCGUGGAAUCUCUCGAGCAAGGUCUUUAUACCAGCCAAAGUGAUGUAUGGUCGUUUGGUGUCUUGCUUUGGGAAAUCGAAACUGGAGGCUGUACCCCGUAUGCUGGGAUAUCAACACGUGAAUUGCUGCCCCACCUGAAAGCAGGAAAUCGCUUGGCAAAACCUCAUGAUUGUUCUCCGGAGAUUCGUUUUAAAGGUUUGGGAAAGCUUCCGGCAAAAUGGAUGGCAGUAGAGUGUCUGGAGCAAGGCAUUUACACGAGCCAAAGUGACGUAUGGUCGUUCGGUGUUCUGCUUUGGGAAAUCGAAACCGGAGGCUGUGCGCCAUACGCCGGGAUGGUUUUAAACGAAUUACUGACCAAGCUGAAAGCGGGACAUCGUUUGGAAAAACCUCGUUACUGCACGGACUGGCUAUACGCUAUAAUGCUACGUUGCUGGAAUGCAAAUCCAAAGACGAGACCAACAUUUGAGGAGCUGAGUGAUGAACUCCAUCGAAUGCUCAGACAAGAAACGGACUAUUUAGCUCCAGAAGAUUAUGGAGAAGAACCAAGUUAUAUUAACACCUCAAGGGAAAACGUUAAGUCUACUUCUGAAAGCAUAGCUGCUAUAUCUGAAAACCAACGAGACGAAAAGAAACAGUCUUAGUUAUAUUUGUCUUCCACGAUAGUUUAUGUUUUUCAGUUUUGCGUUAAGAAGAGGUAGCAUAAGCAAAGCGCAUGAGCGUAAGCAACAUAAGGAGACUUAGUAAGGAGCUGUUAAGAGGAGCCAUUUGUCGGGAUAUUUUCGUAGCUUUACCAGGGGCGGAUCUAGGGGGAGGGUGUAGGGGGUGCGCACCCCCUCCUCCUUGAGAUGAAGCCUUCCUCUUCGUAUUCGCUUUUAAAAUUUGUUUACCUCACCAGUCAGUUACAUCAUUCCUUAGUGGUGCACCCCUCGUAAAAACAAAUCCUGGAUCCGCCCCUGCUUUACUAUGUCUGCGUCUGUUUCUUAUGCUCAUGUGUUAGACUGGUCCACACUAAGCCAGAGGAAUUUGACAACGGAGGUUUCCCUCCGAAAACGCAUCAAAUGUUUUCCGUCCACAGUGCGCCGGAGGAAUUUAAGAACACAACAAUCACCGGUCAUUUU